AAGUGGGAGAUAACAAUCCUUUUGUUGUAUUGAAGACAACUGAUGAGAUCAAUUUGAAUAACCUUAUAGUAUCUGACAAAAGAAAUCAAGAAGAGGAGAACAUGGGACCAGGCAUUAUAAAAUUCACAUUAAGUGCUAAUACAAAGAAAUGGGUUAUCAGCACACUUGAUAUUUCGAGUAUAAUAUUAGAAUAUUGUGACAUGUCAGUUCAACAACUUUCUGAGAAUAAAGUUGAAGAUGCUGCAAAAAUACU